GACGACGCCAGUGCUCCUGAAACGGACCACGCCGGGUGCGUGCGCGCUCUCACGGAGCACGCAGCGGCACUGAGGGAGGCGGAGGCGGCAAAGAAGGCGGCAGAGAAGGCGCUCGAGGCCAAGGGGCGGCGCGAGCAGCGCGAGCGGGAGGAGGCGGUGGCGGCGCGAGAGCGCGAGCAGGCUGCGCGCCGGCGCGAAGCAGAGCGAGAGGCGCGCGAGGCGCGCCGGGCGGCGGAUGGGGCGGCGCUCGAGGAGCAGAGGCGAGCGAUUGCGGCGGAGGCGGAGGCGAAGCUGGCUGCUGAGCGAGCGGCAGCAGAGGAGACGCUGCGGGCGAGGGAGGCGGAGAGGCGAGCAGCAGAGGAGGCGCAGCUUGCGGAGCAGCGGGUGGCGGCGGCGGCGCGCAAAGCCGCUCAGGCGGAGGCGGAGCGGCGCGAGAAGGAGGCCGCCAACAGGAGGGCGGAGGAGGAGAAGGCGAGGCGGCGCGCAAAGGCGGCGGAGGCAACUGCAGCCAAGAAGGAGGCCAAGGAGAAGAACAAUAAGGCCAAGAAGGCGCCGCCUGCCUUCAAGCUCGAGGAGGAGCGGAGGGCGAAGGCUGCGGCAGAGGCUCGCGCACAGGAGGAGAGGGCGGCGCAGCUGGCUGCUGAGCAAGAGGCUGCGAGGCGGGCGGAGCGGGAGGCGGCGGAGCUAGCGGGUGCGGCGGAGCAGGCGGCGCUGCGCGAGGCUGCAGAGCUGGCAGAGGCGCUGCGCCGGUCAGAGAGAGAUGCGGAGGAGGAGGCGCUGGCGCGUCAGGUGUCGCGGUGCGAGGAGGCGGUGAGCAGCGAGUCGACCGGCGGCGGCGGGGACCUGAUGCAGCGUGUCCAGCGGCUGGAGGCCAGCUUGGGCGCGGCGAUCGAGGGUGGCCUCGAGGAGCGGGUCAGCGCGAUCGAGCGCUUGAUCGGGCCAGAGGCGGGAGAGGCGGCGGAGCAGCAUCUGCCAGUCACUGAGCCGCUUGCUGCCGUCUCACUAGCGGACGCCGGCCUCGACACGGGGCGGCCGGCUGCCCCCGAGUCCACGAUGGGGGGCGAGACCACAUGCAUCGUGUGUUUCGCGAGAGUCAAGUCGCAUGCUGCGGUCCCGUGCGGACACUUGUGCGCUUGCGGGCCAUGCUCUGAGCUGAUGCAAGAGUGCCCGUAUUGCCGCGAGCCAGUGAUGAUGUGGAUGGUCCCGCGUCUGGUCUAGAUUUGUA